AUGGCGACCGAUAAGAUAGUGUCCAUUGCAGAUCUUGAAGCUGCGGCUUCUAAAAUACUUCCAAGCUCAACUAGAGACUUCUUCAAUUCUGGUGCAACAGAUCAAGUCACAGUCCACGAGAACUCAGCAGCAUAUCGAAAAUACCGUAUUCUACCUCGUGUGCUGAGAGAUGUGUCAAACGUCAACACCACCACCCCUCUAUUCGGUCGAGACAUCGCCUUCCCACUUUGCGUCUCCCCAGCUGGUUUGCAAGGCAUGGCUCAUCCAGACGGAGAACUAGCAACAAGCAGAGCAUGCGCGAAACACGGUAUCAAUAUGGGUGUUUCAUCCUAUGCCAACCAUUCUGUAGAGCAAAUCACUACCGCAGGAAACGAAGUAGCUCCAAUCCACCACGUUAUGCAACUCUACUCGAUGAAAGAUCGCGAGAAAGAGGAACGAAUCAUUCGGAGAGCCGAAGCUGCAGGAUGCAAGGCUAUUUUCCUUACGGCUGAUAGUCCUGUACUCGGUGUCCGGUAUAAUGAAGUUCGAAAGACUUUCCAGCCACCAGCUGGACUGGCAUACCCCAUGAUGGAAAAGACAUCCGAGCAGAUUCAGCAGCAAUCGCAUGAUGACGGAUUUAAGUCUUUUAAUGAUGAUUCGCAUUCCUGGGCGAGAGAGAUCCCGUGGUUGAGGAGUCUUACUAAGAUGGAGAUUUGGAUUAAAGGUAUCCUGACGCCUGAGGAUGUGGAAACUGCUAUUGAGUAUGGGUGUGAUGGGGUGAUUAUCAGUAAUCAUGGUGGAAGGCAGCUAGAUGAGACGCCGUCCACAUUGGAUGUUCUUCCUGCUUGUGCGAAAGUUGCUCGUGGUCGGAUUCGGAUCCAUAUUGAUGGAGGGAUUCGGUCUGGAAAUGAUAUCUUCAAGGCUUUGGCAUUAGGUGCUGAGUGUUGCUGGGUUGGUCGUCCGAUGCUUUGGGGAUUAGCGUAUAACGGACAGGAGGGAGUUGAGUUGAUGCUCGAUAUUCUCUAUCACGAAUUCAAACGAUGUAUGCAGCUGGCGGGCUGCAAGUCUAUAUCCGAGAUCAGUACUCUGAGUCUUGGAAUUUCUCGCCUAGAUGGUCCAUUAGCAAGACUAUAG